CCAAAGAUGGCGGUCACUGAAGUGUUUGUCCGAGGAAAACAAUAAUUAUUUUUGUGUUACUUUUGGCAGCUAAAAUUAGAGUAAAACAGAUGCAUCCGUUAUACGAGUAAACGGCGGUUAUAAAUAUGUAUAUACAUUAAUGAUUUCGAUUCAUUUUUUAGAAAUGAUGCUCUGUUUACGAUAAUGUAUCUUUUAGUGGGGGGUAGUUGUUAUGCAUCGCAGCACGCAUUGUAACAUAUACUGUAAUGAAAUAAUAUUAUACUAAUACAAUUAGAAUAGCAUUUUGAGGUAAAACUAUGUUAUUGUUUUUAAGUACAUUUUUAGCAAACAAAACAAAUUUAUGUGAUUGAUUAUAAACAGAAAAAUACAAGUAGCCUGGCUGUCUUGAUUGUUUCAAAUGAACAACUUUUUUUUUUAAUUUUUGAAAAAUUACACUAAUUGCAAGAUGGUUUCUCGUAAUUUAGUGUUUCUGAUCGACACAUCGAGUUCUGGAGACAGGGCUGUCUUGGGUGGUGUUUCUGCCCAGGCGAAUCUCCUGGAACACGGUGUUUUGAAAAUCCUCAGUUAUUUUGGAUGCAGGUUUGGUUUGGAAAAGGUCAAAUGGGGGUACAAAUUCUACAACUCGCGUGGAGCCAGGGGCAAAAUAUACCGAGCUUCCGAUUUUAGGGAGCUCAAAGCCAAGAACUUCGAGGAUUUCGAAGGGGAGUGUCGGUCUAGAUUUGAAGAAAACCAGGCAUGGGAGACUUUGAACAAGGGGAAACUAUUGGCACCCAAGGCGCAGGUUAUCCAAACAGCACUGAAAGAGACUUUGCUGGAUUUUCAGUGGGACAGGCCUGACAUCACCUCCCCGACCAAACCAGCCCUGCGACCCAGGAGGCGAGGGCAGUUGCCUGGCAGCAAGGUGCCACCGAACCUCGCUUUGGCAGAAGACGAGUCAUCACUGAAAAGCCAGAAUGUGGUGUUUCUCGUCUCUGCGUGUCCGCACUCCACAGCAGAGCUUCAGGCGUUCAUGUGCUCCGGUAGCACGAGUGAUCCCUAUAAAGAUGUUUUAGAAGACAUCCUGCCCAGGGCUGUCCAGGAGAUGAUUUUCCAGAAUAAAGUUGCUUUGCAUUGGCUGGAUACUACAGAGUGCAGGAAGCUAAUGGAAUCUACAGAUCAUGCUGGGUAUGAAGUUCUAUCUGAGGUGUUGAGACUGGCUGGCGGGAGUUUAGUGCCUUUUCACGGUAUUCUUGGACAAUCCUUAUUGGGCAGAGAUGGUGCAGGAGCGGGAGUAUCACCUUCAAUGCAGUGCUGGCCUUUCACUGGAGGUUCUCCCAUCCAUCUGCAUGGAGUAAGAGAAGCAGUGUUCCCUUUUGACUCCAGCAUUAAUUAUCUGAUGUCUUCAGAGCGGAUCUACCGUGCUGCUUUUCCUGUGCAGUAUGGAUUUCUGCGCUAUGGAGAAGACAUGAUAAUUUGCAGCAUUUCCCUGGAGUCCAUGUCCACAAGACAGAGCGCUUUGCCCAACCCGGUUAAUGUAACAUUGAAAGAAGCCCUUAUAGACUGGAGCUGCCUGAAACCCAGGGCGAUGAGAACUGACACCUGGGUGCUUCAACAGGCUAAGGAAACCACUGGGAGUUAUGAAGAAAAAAUUUCAUUUCAACAACUUUUAAAGGAGCUUGCUGUGCAGGGUCUUCAUAUGGUUGUUAGCAUUGAUGUGAGUGGAGGUUUCCCUCCCUGCACUGGGGUCCUGUCGCCACUCUCUGCCACCACAGCUUUGCUCACCCUACUUUACCCAGAACCUACAUCUGAUGGAGGCCUCUUGCUGAAUGAGUUGGUGUCCCAGGGUAGCGACGAACUUUCCACAGACUUACCCGACAUAGUCUCUAGUGUCUUAAACCAUGUUUAUGAUUGCAUAGAGGACGAGCAAGAGAACAGCACAGAAGACCCUUCUAUCCCUGACUGGGCACAGCAGGAGCUGUCCUUGACCCACCCAGGGCCAUCAGCUCUUGUGGAGGGCUGGUUCCCACUGUCUGAUCAGUCAGGACUCAGUUCCAACUUGAUGGAGUCAAUCAGGUUACUGCACGCUGCCCCUGAGGAGGGUGAGCUGGAUGAAGGAAAGAGCUCAAACCCAGAGGAGGAUCUAACAAUCUGUUUGUCUGAACUAUACCAAGGAGCAGCUAGCUUAGAUUCAGAGCAGCAAGGCAAGAAAAGAUCUGGCGGACCCUGUACUCCAGUAAGACAGAAGAUGAAGACCAUGAGCCGUUCCCUCCAGAUGCUGAAUGUGGCCCGGCUCAAUGUGAAGGCACAGAAGAGUCAGCCAGACGAACCUCAGCCCAGCGAGAGGGGACCUGUCAAGCGUGGAAAGAGGCGAUCGGGAGACAAGCAAGGAGGGAAGGCAGGUGGCAAUUCAACACAUUUUAAAAGUGAAGAGGAGCUUCUGUCCCAUCUUAAGGAGAGUUACCAGAAGGCUGUGACCGAACGAGACUCCUCUCUGGUUACACAAGUCCAGAGCUUCCUUAUUCUCAUUAAAACAUUUCUGAAAUCAGCAGACAAUCAAGAACUGGAGGUGAAUUGUGCCCAAUUUGUGCAGGAAAACCUUGUUAAGUCCAGUAAAUUGAUCAGACAGCAGUAUGCAAACGCACAAGACAAUGAAGCAAAGGUUCGCGAGUGUCAGCUGCAGGUUGUGCUGCGGUUGGAGAUGUGUCUCCAGUGCCCUUCUGUUCAGACUGACACGGACCGCCUGGAACAACUGGUAGAGGAGAUUACAGAUAUGCUGCGCAUUCUCUCCUUGACUAAAGACCCUUCUUACCUCACUAAGUUCCUUGAAGAAGAGAUCCUUAUAGUGUACCUCAACACUGUUCCAACGAUCCUUGGGGAUAUGUACUCCAGUCUGGGCACACAGCUGCCUGAAAAGUUGGCUGCACUUCUUCCUUCAGAUUUCUUUAGCGACGAGUCAAUGACACAGGAGAGCAACUCUCCAGCUGCUUCACAGCUUUCUGCAGCCCCCAGUACAUCCUCAGCUGGGGGGGGAUGUCUUGAAGACCUGCGCACCAGAUCAGCAGAGAAAAAAAGGAGUGGUAUGCUGACUCGUCAUCGAAGCAUGAGUGAUGCAUCUCAGAGUUUACGGCAAAUUGAAAUGCCCAAGAAGUCUACAAGAAGGGAAAGGGUCAAGUCUCGUCUUUCUUUUGCUGUGGAGCUACCUUGUCCUGAACCUCCACCACCCAAAGAAGUAGUACAAGAGGUAACAAAGGUACGCCGGAACCUGUUCAAUCAAGAGUCACACACUUCUAUUAAAAAAGCUAAGCUACCAAGGAGCCAGUCUGUAUCUGCUGUGGAGGGACUGAGGCACAAGCGUUCAAGGUCUAAGGAAGAUGUGAAAGUUUCAGAUAAUCACAAGCUUCUGACUAAAAAGGUCUCGGAAACACCUCUGCACAAGCAGGUCUCAAACAGGCUGCUGCACAGACAGAUUAAAGGAAGGAACUCGAUCACUGCUUCUGACGUCUGCAUUGUGGAGGAAUCCCCUGUGAAGCCAGAAAACGAGACUGACUUGAGAAGGAGCCCUCGAAUCAAGAAGCUGUCUUUUGGCAGGAGGCACUCCAGCUCCUUCUACUCCAGUUCCCAGCCACGGUCUCGGAACCUGGAGAGGGUCCAUUCGGCUUCCCAACUGACCCUGAGUGAUAGCAAAGCAGGCACGCUGAAUAUUCAGACCAUCAGGUCUCCAGUACGGCUGCUGUUUGGUGCCAUGGUCUCUCCCAGCCACUCUGAAGCCUGUGGCUCCAGGGAGGAGAGAAGGGCUGGUAUGGAAGAGCAGGUUUCUGAGAAACUAGAGUGUCAGACUCCUAAGAAAACUCCUAGAAAAACUCACAGGAAGCUAUGGAGCCCCUCGGGCAAAGGCGUAACUCUUCGGAAAUCUCCACGUACACCUCCCAGGAUCCCAUGCCAAAGCCCUGUGAUGAGCCCUGUCCUGGGAAUAAGAUCAGAGACACAUGGGUCGUCAUCUUGGAAGUUAGGUGGCAGUCCUUUCAAAUCUCCUAUCCGGAGAAGCCAGCGUUUGGUAUUGGGAACUCCUCUCAAGGAUAGAUCGCCAGGCAACCAUCUGAGGACACCUGUAAAGAACUUUGUGGAAUCCCUAUUGCCCGCAAGAACAGAUGCAAAGUCUGGUAUUUCAGAAAGCCCAACAAGAACACCCAAAAAAACUGUGACCUGGUCUCCUUCUCCACACAAACCCAGGCUUCAAGGACAAGCUCAUGUGGCGUUCAAAACACCGGAGUCCCCAAGAAUGUUAAGGACACCUACAAAAAACGGUACCCCAAGAAAGAGUCCUCAAACACCAGGUACGCCAAGAGCGUUAAUGAGAACCCCUCAAAAAGCAGGUACCCUGCAAACUCCUACAAGAUCCCAGAGAAUAACAAAUUCACCAGCAACUUUAAUGAGCUGCCGGGGUCCGUGUACUCCCAAAUCUCCAGUGGGAACGCCACCAAAACAAAUUGCCACAAGAACUUCAUUGAGAAUCACAGGACAAUUAGGCACGCCAAGAAAAAGUCUUUCACUAUUUGUAAAUUCCCCCCAGAAGGCAGGACAUUUUACCCCAGAAAAAGAACCUUGGAAAACAAGUUUGGUUGUACCCCUAACUCCAAGAACACCUAAAGCCUCCAAAUCCUGUACGCCAUUGAGAAAUGAUACUGGAGCAGAGCUUUGUGGCAAGUCCUCCCCUGUUAAACAACCUGCUAGGACUCGACAGAAAAGUCCUCUCAUUCCACAGAGGAUUCUUACAAGGUCAGGAGGAACACCUUUGAAAGGCACUCCUUCUAAAAACCCUGUAUGGACUCCAUUGAAAAGUAGCAACGAUGAUAUCACACUAAGGAAACACCUUCAGAAGAUGGGUGGAACAACUUUAACAGACAGACUAGAGACCGCUGAUACAACAGCUCUUGCAAAUGCAUUUUCCAGCUCUCCUGUUAAGGCUAACACCGUGAGCAAGUCACUGGGUGGCAGAAAGAAUCGGGAGAAAACCAAAUUGUUUUCAAGUUCAAGGUCUUGUGGGUACCUGCAGCAGACUGCCAACACUGAUGAGAUUAGUGCCCCUAAACCGAAGAGAGCCUUCAAGUCAGACAGCAUGGGCAGCACCCAGACAGGUGUUGACUCUGUGUGUAAACGGCUGGCAGGAUUCUCGGACCUCUCCCAGAACAAAGUCAGUUCCCAGUCUGACGUGGUAUCUGUUUCAGAGAGGCUGGACUCGUCUUCCCAGGCUAGCACAUGCACAUCUGGGUCUUUCGCAACAACAGAAGAGGAGGAGAGCAUUGAAAUCUCUGAAGCCACAAUCUUAAAAACAGAGGAUCUUAAAAUGAAUAUUUGUUUCACCAGAAAACCCUCAAAGUCUGAUGAGGUGUUUGAAUUUUCCUCCAGAAAACCAGGAGGCUCCUUCUCCACCCCUGGACCCAGGUAUGGGUUCCGUUGUACCCCUGAUCGCCAGCAGAGGCAGGCAGCCUCCCGUCUUGGGAGCCCAGAGGAACCCUCAAAGUUUUCCACUCCCCGGACCUCUCGAACACCUAGCCAACGGCGCAGCUCAGCCACUCCUGAUACCCCCUCCUACCAAGUAGAGCUGGAGAUGCAGGCUUCGGGACUGCACAAACUCAAGUUCAAACGAACAGAUUCCUUUAACGCCAGGGAGACUGGUGUCGAGAGUAGCCUGAAGGCGAUACCCCAGGGCAGCACAAAGAUAAAAAGAGCAGAACCAGCCAGUCCGCUCACUCGUUACCCCAAGCGUAGGGACACUGGAUAUGCUUCCCCCUCUUCACUUUGCACUCAUGGCACACCUGGCGAAACAACACCAGGAAAAGGUGGGGUGCAGACUUAUAUUUGUCAGUCCUACACCCCAACACGGCAUUCCAGCACCCUCUCCCCUUCUGGAAUCGGAGAAGCUGCCCGAUGGACUCCAUCACCUCAGAGACAAGGCAGGUCCACCCCGGAGAACCUCAUCAACUGGCCCCGGAGGAAGAAGGCUGGAGGAGUAGGCGCAGGUGUUGGCGGUAAGGAUAAGUGGGUAGUAGGUGUGCCUCUGAGCAAGGAAGCUGAAAAUUUGAAAUUGCUGGAGGAUCCAGAGCUGGAAGGAGUCUGCAGGCUCCAGGAUAUUCAAUCUUUAGAUCAUAGAGACAGUCAAGACUCUAGAGAUGCGUUUGGUCUGAGGUCGAGGAAGCGAGGCAGCAGCGAGGCCUUUUCCCCAGAUGAGGAUGAUGGUCAGAGGAGAGCGAAGAAACCCCUUCUAAGCAGGCUUGAGGAUUCGGACAUCGCUGGAGGUCUGUGUAACCGGUGGGGAGACAGCGAAUCCCCGCAGUGCGACAACCAGUUUUUCAUUGACGAAGACUGUGUCAUCUCAGAUGUGACUCCGCCAAGCUGCAAAUUGAGGAAGCCUGUAUCUGCAAGUGGCUUGCUGGCGUUGACUCAAUCUCCAUUGCUGUAUAGGGGCAAGACCCCUUCCUCAAACAAGAAAGGCUAUCCAAGACAUGAUGAGUCCGACCUGGACACGUCUUCACAGAAGGCGGCAGCAGUACUCACGGUCUCAGAGCAGGACAUGUCCCCAUUUAACAGAGCGCCCAGGCAGCGAUCAGUGAACAUGACCUACAGCAGAAAGAAGCUGUUGUCAUAGUUCAAGACUCCAGCUGAAAUAUCUAAUUGUGAAAGUUUUUUUUUUGUGUGUGUGUGUGUUUGUUUUUUAGAAGCCUGUUGAUUUUAAUUUAUGUAAACCUGGGGAGUCUUUUUCAGGUCACACUGGCUAGAACACAUUUCCCCUUGGUCAGUAGGUCACGCCACUAGGCUACAGGUUAUCUAUUGCAGUUUUGUGUACUUUUUUUCAUAGUCAAUUGACCACCUUAAGGAAACUUCAUGUGUAGAGCAAUUCAGUUCCUGCAUCCAGUUCAGAACGUAAUAGGACAUUGUACUGGUUUUUACUGUAGACAGUUAUAUGAAAUAAAAAGCAAUAUGAGAAAUACUUUGUAAAAAAGACCUACACCGUGGCCUUGAAAGUUUUUAUAUUUGAAGGCCAGGUAGAAUAUUUUUUUUUGAGCAAAUUAUUCUGGUUGUGAAUGAUGUAUUUUGUUAUGUUUGUCUUUUUUAAAUAAGGGGGCGAUAUGUAGAGUGUUUGUAAAUAUUAUACAGAUUAUUUAAAUGUUAGAUUUGCUAAUUAAUGUGAAUAACUGAAAAUAUUUUACACAUUAUUCAGUAUAAUAAAAAUUCUUGUUUUGUAAUGCAAUGGAAUUGCUCAGUGGUCAGAAGCCUUUUAAGGGUUUUAAUUUCUUGGUUUACAAAUAUGUUUUGUAUGUUUUUGAGUGGUUGGCAUAGUGUUUGUAUAAUUGACUUCCAAGCUGCUGAAGCCAAUGUAUCCACCCCCUGCUGCUACCAACCACACCGGUAACAAAGAUCAGUUUGCUAUGUGGUUAGAGUCACGGUGUCUUUAUCUUAACCAGAAAA